AUGGAGAGUCCACACUGUGAACUGGAAACUCUCAGUCUGUCAGGUUGUCUGGUCACAGAAGAAGGUUGUUCUUCUCUGGUCUCGGCUCUGAGCUUCAAUCCCUCCCAUCUGAGAGAGCUGGACCUGAGCUACAACCAUCCAGGAGACUCAGGAGUGAAGCUGCUUUCUGCUGUAGUGGAGAAUCCACACUGGAGACUGGACACUGUCAGGACGGACCAUGAUGGAGAGCAGUGGUUAAAACCUGGUCUGACGAAGUAUUUCUGUGAACUUGAACUGGACACAAACUCAGUAAACAGAAACCUCAAACUGUCUGACAACAAGAAGAAGGUGAAACUGGUGGAGGAAAAGCAGCCAUAUCCUGAUCAUCCAGACAGAUUUGAAGACUGGCAGCUGCUGUGUACAAAUGGUCUGACUGGUCGCUGUUACUGGGAGGUGGAAUGGAACGGAGAGGUUGACAUAGCAGUGAGCUACAGAGGAAUCAGAAGAAAAGGAAACAGUGAUGACUGUAUGUUUGGGGGAAACAAUCAGUCCUGGAGUCUGGACUGCUGUGAUUCUCAAGGUUACUCUGUCUGGCACAACAACAAAACAACAUCCAUCUCCUCCUCUUCAGUCUCUAACAGGGUUAGGGUGUAUCUGGACCAUCCUGCUGGCACUCUGUCCUUCUACAGAGUCUCCUCUGACUCUGUGAUCCACCUCCACACCUUCACCACCACAUUCACUGAACCUCUGUAUCCUGGAUUUGGGUUCAGGUCUGGGUUUUCAGGGUGGUCGGGUUCUUCAGUCUCUCUGUGUCCUCUGUAGGAGGUUAUGAAGUUAAGCAGCUUCAACUCCUUGGUUUAAAUGCUGAUGAUGGAUGAUGUUUUACUUUAAUUUUUUUACUUUGGUUUUUGUGUGGUAGUAACACACUACAUGUGUUCAGGAAUGUGUACUCUGAUUACAAUCAGAAAUGUAAUCAGCCCACAUGUCAUUUUAAAAACGUGCAUUUCGAUUAUAGUAACCUUGUCAGGGUUACUUCACUGACAUACAGAGUUUCUUAGAGAAGUGCUUCACUUUGUGAAGAUGGAAAACAUGUACAUUUGUUAAAUGCGUGUUUGCUUUUUACAUUGAAAGAUAUUUUAAAAUAUUUCAAAAGAGAUCUUUUUUUUUUUUUUUUAAAGAUUCACAAUAAAAUUUGCAUUUUUAUGUAGUAAAUAACUACAUUUCCGUGA